CAGGGGCGGAGGCGGUGGCCAGGGAGGAAGCGGAGGAGGCGGAGGCGGCCGUGGCGUUCGCCCGCCUGCUUUUUCGCUCGCUUUCCCCGCCCCCGCCGGUCUUGUCGCCGUUGAAGGGAGCCGGCUGCGCGCUGUCGCAACCAGCCCUCAUCCUGGCCGGCGACAGUAAGACCGAACCGACAUCCCUACCAACCUCCCUGUUGGGGCGGCUGCGGCUCGGGCUCCGCGGGGCCCAGGCAAGCGGCCCAGGCGCCUGAAGGUUACCGAGUGCAUGAGCAUCUAGCCUCCCGCGUUGCCCCGCCCGCCGGCCCGCCGGCCCGCCCGCCGGCUCGCCCGGCAGCCCGCGCGUGCGUGCGCGUGUGGUGACCCCCGGCGGCGGCGGCGGCGGCGGCGGCGGCGACGGCCGCAGGAGGCGCAGUCUCCCUCCCGGGUGCGCGCUUCGCUCCCGGAGCCGCGGAACUCAGCGGCCGCCAUGGCGUCCAACAUGGACCGAGAGAUGAUCCUGGCAGAUUUUCAGGCAUGUACUGGCAUUGAAAACAUUGAUGAAGCUAUUACAUUGCUUGAACAAAAUAACUGGGACUUAGUGGCAGCUAUCAAUGGUGUAAUACCCCAAGAAAAUGGCAUUCUGAGAAGUGACUAUGGGGGUGAGCCUAUAUCAGGACCUGCAUUUGAUCCAUCAAGUCACUCAGCUCCAGCUCCUGCUUCUGCUCCCUCUUCUUCUUCAGCAUUUCGACCUGUAAUGCCAUCUAGGCAAAUUGUAGAAAGGCAACCUCGGAUGCUGGACUUCAGGGUUGAGUACAGAGACAGAAAUGUUGAUGUGGUACUUGAAGACAGCUGUACCGUUGGAGAAAUUAAACAGAUUCUAGAAAAUGAACUUCAGAUACCUGUGUCUAAAAUGCUGUUAAAAGGCUGGAAGACUGGAGAUGUGGAAGACAGUACGGUCUUAAAAUCACUACACUUGCCAAAAAACAACAGUCUUUAUGUUCUUACACCAGAUUUGCCACCACCUUCAUCAUCUAGUCAUGCUGGUGCCCUGCAGGAGUCAUUAAAUCAAAACUUCAUGCUGAUCAUCACCCACCGAGAAGUCCAGCGGGAGUACAACCUGAACUUCUCAGGAAGCAGUACCAUUCAAGAGGUAAAGAGAAAUGUGUAUGACCUUACGAGUAUCCCUGUUCGCCAUCAGUUAUGGGAGGGCUGGCCAUCUUCUGCCACAGAUGACUCCAUGUGUCUUGCUGAAUCAGGGCUCUCAUAUCCGUGCCAUCGACUUACAGUGGGAAGAAGAUCUUCACCUGCACAGACCCGGGAGCAAUCCGAAGAGCAAAGCACCGAUGUUCAUAUGGUUAGUGAUAGUGAUGGAGAUGACUUUGAAGAUGCUUCCGAAUUUGGGGUGGAUGAUGGAGAGGUAUUCGGCAUGGCUUCAUCUGCCUUGAGGAAAUCUCCAAUGAUGCCAGAAAACGCAGAAAAUGAAGGAGAUGCCUUAUUACAAUUUACAGCAGAGUUUUCUUCAAGAUAUGGUGACUGCCAUCCUGUAUUUUUUAUUGGCUCAUUAGAAGCAACUUUUCAAGAGGCCUUCUAUGUGAAAGCCCGAGAUAGAAAACUUCUUGCUGUCUACCUCCACCACGAUGAAAGUGUAUUAACCAACGUGUUCUGCUCACAAAUGCUUUGUGCUGAAUCUAUCGUCUCUUAUCUGAGUCAAAAUUUUAUAACCUGGGCUUGGGACCUGACAAAGGACGCCAACAGAGCAAGAUUUCUGACAAUGUGCAAUAGACACUUUGGCAGCGUUGUUGCACAAACCAUUCGGACUCAAAAAACAGAUCAGUUUCCACUUUUUCUGAUAAUUAUGGGAAAGCGAUCAUCUAAUGAAGUGUUGAAUGUGAUACAAGGUAACACAACAGUGGAUGAGUUAAUGAUGAGACUCAUGGCUGCAAUGGAGAUCUUCACGGCCCAGCAACAGGAAGAUAUAAAGGAUGAGGAUGAACGAGAAGCCAGAGAAAAUGUGAAGAGAGAACAAGAUGAGGCCUAUCGCCUUUCACUUGAGGCUGACAGAGCAAAGAGGGAAGCUCAUGAGAGAGAGAUGGCAGAACAGUUUCGUUUGGAACAGAUUCGCAAAGAACAAGAAGAGGAACGUGAGGCCAUCAGACUCUCCUUAGAGCAGGCCCUGCCUCCAGAGCCAAAGGAAGAAAAUGCUGAGCCUGUGAGCAAACUGCGGAUCCGGACACCCAGUGGCGAGUUCCUCGAGCGGCGUUUCCUGGCCAGCAAUAAGCUCCAGAUCGUCUUUGAUUUUGUAGCUUCCAAAGGAUUUCCAUGGGAUGAAUUCAAGUUACUGAGUACCUUUCCUAGGAGAGAUGUAACCCAGCUGGACCCAAAUAAAUCAUUAUUGGAGGUAAAGUUGUUCCCUCAAGAAACCCUUUUCCUUGAAGCAAAAGAGUAAAACGUGGCCCAGCAGUGGAACCAGCCGUUCCUUGACAAGCCAGAGGCCUGCAUCAGGAGAAGGGCUCCUCGCCAAGCCACCUAUACGCUCGUCUCACUCAAUUCAGUGUCACACUUCUGCCUCUUGCAAGAUUGCUGGAAAAAAGUAGUAAUAAACAUAGCUACUUAACAUUUCCCAUC